GUACUGACGCUUCGUAGGACUACUAAAGCCCCUGUGCUAGCCCCAACCCACCCUCUGCGCGCUGCCUUCUCGCGCUACGGCACUUGGGCUGCCGGGCAUGUCAAGACGGUAUUGCCCAUAUCCACAGCAGUUGCCUUCGUCCUAAUCUACCUCUUCUCCUUUCUCUACACCACCGACGCCACGAACAUCACCAGUGGCGUCUCAAACCUCCCCCACCAUGUCUGGACAGAUGCCCAGCCUCUCAGUGACCGCGCCGUCGCGGAACCCGAUGUCAUUAUGCGCUCCAUCUGGAUCCAUGGCAGUUACAUGAAGGCCCUCGAGCGCGAUGUGCUUCUGGGGGCCCUCGAGCUGCAGGAUGAGCUGCUAGGCCCGACGACUGACUUCAACCCACGCCACCCGGAAGAGGCCCCCGUCUUGCCCGGCCCUCUCGCUGACCUGACGCCCGAGCAGCGUGACAGCUUUCACAUCAUCAACGGCUUGACUCCCAAGUCCUGGUUCUUCCACUCGCCUCUCCAGUAUUGGUCUGGCUCGGCCGACAAUAUCGCUGCCGACCAAGACAUCAUUUCUACCGUGAACGCGAAAAAGACGCAGUCGACUUCUGUCAACGUUACCUUGCGCCACUCCAUCGUCUUCAGCGGUAAACGCUUCGAAGAGCGGCGCCUCGUCGCCGUCGACGCUCUUGUCAUUACCUUGAUCCAUCUUCGCGACUCUCCUAUCGGCAAGCAGUGGGUCAGAAAGGCAGAGGCGCUUGCUGCCACGGAAAUGGGCGACAAGUGGACUAUCAUCCCCGGCGAUGGUAGGAGCACCUCGAGCCAGCUUUACGAGUUCCAGUUCCGGCCCAUGUCGUGGUCUGACUGGGCCGUCCUCACCGUGGCGUACUCGCUCACAAUUUUCUACCUGAUGCUGAGAUUGUCCAAGCUUCGCGCUGUCAAAUCCUGGCUCGGCAUCAUGGUGACGAUACUGGCGCAGAUCACGGCGUCCAUCUUCUCUAGCUUUACCGUCUGUGCCAUCUUCAAAAUCGAUCUAUCCCGCAUUCCCUACUUUGCAUACCCCCUCGUCGUUCUUACCAUCAGCGUGGAGAACUCAAUCAGGCUCAUAAAUGCCGUCAUCACCACUUCCUGGAGCAUAGGCAUUAGCGACAGGAUAGGGGAGGCCUUUGGCGCGACGGCCCACGUGGCUGUUGCCAACCGUCUUCAGAAUCUCCUCAUUCUCCUGGGGCUCUCGAGGAUAACGCUCCCAGGCGUCGCUGCCUUUUGUACAUUUGCCGCAGUUGCCAUCGUUUUCGACUUCUUCUACCUGGCCACCUUCUUUCUCUCGGUUCUCAGCGUAGAUGUGCGGCAGAGAGAGCUCAGCGAGUUGGAGAAGGCUGCCGUCAGGCGGAGAAGCUCCUCGCAAAACACCAAAUCGCAGCAGACCUGGGUCGAAACUUUCCGCCAGUUCCGCCUGGGUGAAGUCGGCGCGUCGACCCGUAUUGCUGGCUCCACGGUCGUCCUCGGCUUUGUCCUCAUCGCACAAUCGCACUAUGCUCCCGAAAGCGGUAGCCAGUGGGUGAAUCGAAUCUUUCAGCUGUCGCGGGGGAGCUCUGAUGGUGGCACAUCCAAGUCCUCUCUGCUCAUCGACAUUCAUCAAGCACGGAGUCCGACUUCCUGGCUUCGUCUCCAGGACCACCAAACCGCGCGAGAAGUUAUAAGCGUGAUCAAGCCAUGGGCACACAGCUAUGUCGCAUGCGUACACGACCCCCUUAUCUUUGUCUUGAAAGGCUCAGACCGCAUGCCCGGCACCAGGGAACCAUUUUUCCUGCCAGCCGUGUACGACUUCCUUCACCACGAGAUACCCCGCUUCGUCGUGCUUCUCUUGACUUUGGUUGCCAUGGUCCUCUUGUUUACAAACUAUCUCGUCCGUGAUAAACAACAGCGUGGCGAACCUCGCCAUCCCGACGAUGAGCCCUUGCUAUCAAUCGAGACGAUAAGCCAUGGCCACACGCUAGACGUCGUCGUGAUGGCAGGGUCUUCAGGUGGCCAGCUCGCGUCUGCCGGGCUUGACCGCCUGAUUCAAGUUUGGGAUGUGCCGGGCGGCUCUAGGAUCCAGAUUGCAUCCAACUCUGACAGUCCCGCAGACGAACUAUCAGAAGUGGCGGACAAUAUUUUUCCAGUCCUAGGCAUGGCCGUGGAUAGAGAUUCCAGGUGGCUCGUCUUGCUUUCCCACCAGCGGGUGUUGUUGUGGAGUAUCGAGGACCAGCAAUGGGUCUCGAUAAUGGAGAUAGAUCUGGGCGGACACAGACACGAAGCUCUCUUCUUUAGCAAAACGCCUAUUGACUCGAUACCAUCUGUCGUGGUAGUCGGGAGGAACGGCAAUAUGACGGAGCUCGACUUUGAAGCGGAGACGUCAAAAGAGUUUACCAUCUGCAAAACGCCGCUGGCAUGGGUGGUGCCAUUUACGGAAGACUCGGCACGCAAGAAUAUCUCUCAGGUGUCUAUAUUAACCGCAUCUCGGAAAAGCUGUAUCCACCUCGUGCGACAGCACGGAAGUGGGUGGCUGUCAGAGGAGGUAAAGUUUGCGGAUCGGGGAUCUAAAGACAUCCACUGCCUGGCCCCUAUUCCCGCCCUAUCCAUGUAUCUUGUCGGCAGAUCGCAAACAGUUGAUUUGGUGGAUCUGCGUACGUCAGUAAUUAUACACGCCUUCCAGACCGAGAUGAUGCAGCCGCGCUCCUUGAAGCAGAUUUCAAUGUCACGACCUCGGCAGACAGGCCUCACUUCGUUGACUCUAUCAUACGUCAACUUGGACACAAAGGACUUGGUCAUACAAACCUAUCUCCCCGAGGGCGAGAGCGAUACGAUUUGCUCAGGUGAUCCUCUCGAAGCAUUAAAGGGGAAGCCCCGAGUGUGGGACGGGACUCGGGAGGUCAUAAGGCGCGUCGCCAACCCGGGGACUUGGGAGGCGCUUUCCAAUGGGAGCAUCGUGGGCGUCCGACAGAAGCCGCAGGCUCAGGCGCAACAGUGGCAGUCCAAGGUGGCAGUCGGCGGGCUUCGGAAACGGGGCGGUAACCGGUCAGACACUGGUUCUGGCGGAUCCGCGAGCGAGGCUUGGGAGGUCUGGGUGAUUAGUAAUCUCGAGACCAAGGGAGACCUCGAAACCCGGUUGCUUGACCUGCCCGACGGGGACAAACACGACCAGGGCCACCUGAUGAUCUCGGACCUGGGUCCCAUGGUGCGGCUCGGUACUAAGAGCGUGGCCGUCGGCCUCGGGAACGUCAUCAAGGUCAUUAGCGUCGGCCACGAGUACUUUGACGAGCACCGCGACCACCUAGCUCCCAGCGAUCUCAGGAACAUGUCAGCGGCUAGACGGAGAAGGGCGUUGGGCGCAUCCUCGCGGGCGAGAGCCGUGUGGUGA